AUGUCGGAAGUGCCACAUUACGUGCUUUACGAACACGCUGUUGGAUAUGUCCUAAUGAAAAUCAAAGAGUUCGAAGACGCCGGGUUUGUCAUUCAGGAGGUUGAUGCUUCUAUUGCCGAUGUGUCUAAAUUUUCUGGGAUUGUCAAACUUGCUGCGUUUGAUCCAUUUAAGAAUACCGAAGCUGCUCUCGAAAAUGCUAAUGCAAUAUCAGAAGGCUUAGUUCACACGGAUCUCAUCAAUUUCCUUGAGAGCAGUCUUCCUCAAAAGAAGAAGAAGCUUAUUUUGGGCGUUGGUGAUUCUAGGCUUGCGGGUUCGCUAUCUGAAACGAACCUUGGUGUAAAGCUUGUCUUCGGAGGUGUUGUUACCGAGAUCUUACGCGGUAUCCGUGUGCACUUUGCUCAUCUUGCAAAGAACUUGCCUCAUCACUCGCUAGCCAAGGCUCAGUUGUCUCUUGGCCACAGUUAUUCUCGUGGAAAGGUGAAAUUUGAUGUCCAUCGUGUCGAUAACAUGGUGAUCCAGUCAAUUGCUCUUCUCGAUCAACUCGACAAGGAUAUAAACCUCUUCGGAAUGCGUAUAAGAGAGUGGUAUUCUUAUCACUUUCCGGAACUUUUCAAGCUUGUACCAGACCAAUACAAGUAUGCGAGGUUGGCCGUUGCUAUACUGGACCGUAAUAAGAUGAGCGAAAAUGAGAAUUUAUUGACUGAAAUCGAAGAAAUUCUUGACGGUGAUGAAGAAAAAGUUGCGAAAAUCAUGGAGGCAGCUAGAACUUCUAUGGGGAUGGACAUUUCUGAACUAGAUCUGGUCAACAUAGAGAGGUUUGCUUCACGGGUUGCUUCUUUGACUGAGUAUCGACAGCGCCUACAUGAGUACAUAAAGGAUCGCAUGCAUAGCUGUGCCCCUUCUCUAAGUGCUUUGAUUGGCGAGCAGGUUGGUGCCCGACUCAUAUCACACGCGGGUUCUCUAACGAACUUAGCAAAGUACCCUGCGUCAACUGUUCAGAUACUUGGAGCAGAGAAAGCUCUGUUUAGAGCUUUGAAAACAAGAUCUGCAACACCAAAGUAUGGUCUCCUGUUUCAUUCGUCAUUCAUUGGCAGGGCGUCAGCUAAAAAUAAAGGGAGAAUAUCACGGUUCCUUGCUAAUAAGUGCACGAUAGCAUCCAGGAUUGAUUGCUUCUCAGAGGUCCCUGUGUCUACAUUCGGUGAGUUCCUUAAAGGGCAAGUUGAAGAACGUUUGAAGUACUUUGAAACUGGAGAGUUGCCACAGAAGAACUUGGAAGUUAUGGCAAAGGCUCAAGAAGAGGCGAAGGUUGUACAGGAAAAAGUGCUUAAAAAAAGAAAGAAGGCUGCGAAGAAGGCCAGAAAGAUAAAUGAAGAAAUUGAUGGCGAUACAGAAGCAGUUGAGGUUGGAAAAAAGUUUAUGUAA